AUGUCAGAAAUUCAACCCAUGAUCGCGCCUCAGGAAGAUGGGUCAGGUAGUAUUCCAGAGACUGUACACGAGCCGCCGCAACCGACGCCCAUCACAGACCAAGAGGUGGGAGAGUACCGCGAGCAGGACCGAUUCCUACCAAUUGCCAAUGUCUCCCGUAUCAUGAAGCAGUCCGUUCCACACACCGCUAAAAUCGCCAAGGAUGCCAAGGAGUGCGUGCAGGAAUGUGUUUCAGAGUUCAUAAGCUUCAUUACCUCCGAGGCCGCUGAGAAAUGUCAAAUGGAGAAGCGGAAAACAAUCGGAGGAGAAGAUAUUUUGUACGCCAUGGUGUCUCUAGGGUUUGAGAACUAUGCAGAAACACUGAAGAUCCAUCUGGCAAAACUAAGACAGCACCAAGCAGGAUCUUCGUCGAACCCCCGACAAGAGCAUAAUAGAGAUGAUUGA